AUGGCGGUGGCGACGCUGGAGAAGUACUCCAUGGACCUCAGUGGUGAUCCCAUGCAGCGGCAGCUUGAUGCGGUGCAAAAGAGGAUUGACAAGCUGCUGGCAUCUACUGGGCAACGGGGACCACCUGAUGCAGCUCCGUCACCUGACAAAGAUAAGGAUCCCGAUAAAGACACAGAGAGCAAAGAGGCCGAUCAACUUCGUGAGCAGAUCAAGCAGUUGGAGAUCUCUGUGGCCAACUGCAAAAAGCUGCCUGGUGAAGCUGGUAAAGAUGCCGUGGAAUUUUUGGACAAUCGCCCCAGUAAAUACUCCAUCGUGGCCUUCAUGGGCUCGCAGGCCUUCAAGGACUUUGCGCGUGUCCUCACGGAGAGCAACAACCACAAGAAGAAGAGAGCUUCAUCGGUUGCCAAGUCUCCCUCCGAGAUGGGCGCUACGGGUUCUGGCGCUGGGUUUCCUACUGGCGCUGAGGCUACAGGCAACAAUGAGCCCGAUGACAUCGAGCUCGACGUCGAGAUGGCAGACGAGAUCCUCGCCUCCAGCAACCUGGACCGCGAGGCCUUCUGUGCUAAGUUUAGGCCUGUGCUCCGCAAGAUUGGCAAGCAGAAGCGGACUCGGCACCGCUCGGACGUGCGCAUUCUUUUUCCUUCGGCGCGGGCCAUCGAGGAGCAUCUGGAAAUCCCAGACCAGAACAUGGAGCCCAGGAGUGUUGCCAAGUCGUUGAUCUGGCUCAUCUAUUCGCUCCACUCCGGCAGCCCCUUCGCGGCCAGGUGCGCUCUGAUGCUCGCUCCGCCUGGCCGGGCCCCGCGCGCCGCCGCCGCCGCCAUCUGCCCCAACUUUGGGAGGUCGCUCGCCAAGUUGCGGAUCGCCUUCUUGGCUCUGAUGCGCAGGACCUUGGCCCAGGGACCGAUGGUCGCGCGGGCGGCCUCCUUGGCGCAGACGAAUCCCGACUUCGCGGGCUGCGCGAUGAGCCUGCGGACGCGGGUGGCCAAGUGCUUGCACGCAUGCGCGCGGCCGAGCACGCUGCCAGGGGGCUUCUGCAUGCAGGCUACGUACUUGUCUUGGCCGUUUGCGCCCUGCACCUUCUGCUGCCUUCUCACUCUGUCGCAGUCGGAUGGCCCGCUGCCUGCUGCGACCAACUCGACCCCGCUGGCCUGCGGCAGCUGCGGGCGCGAGUGCCGCGCGGCUCUCGCGCCAGACCAGCCCCAGAGGGCAACGCCGAGGGGGCUGCGGCGGCGGGGCGCGUCGGGGCCGGGCGCAACAGACGUCGACGCCGAGCCCGUAGACGCCGAUCCCAACCCCGAGCCACCGAUUUGCGUUGCGCAUGCCGAAUCGGAGCUCGAGCUGCCGUUCUGCGCCGCGCAUGUACCCAACCCAGAGGAAUGCACCGUGACGAGCCUCGGGGUGACCUCCGCCAGCGCCGGCACCACCGUGUUCGGCGGCUCCCGCGGGCACCUGCGCGUGGAGCGGAGGCGCCUCCUGGAGCCGCCUGUGGAGGCCUCGGAGGGCAAGGUGCUGCCCUGGCGGGGCGGCGACCGCUACUCGCUGGUGUACUUCGCGCCCUGCAACUACCGGAACGCCACCCCGGAGGACACGGAGGCCCUGCGGGCGGCCGGCUUCCGGCUGCCCGCCGGCGGGGGCCGGGCCGGGCGGGCGGCCGCGGAGCCGCUGGGCGCGCAGCUGGGCCAGGUGGAGGAGGACAUGCGGAAGAGGGGCGUCGACGUCGAGGCCUGCUGCGACGGGGCCUUCCCCCCCGAGAGGGCGCCCGCGGCGGCGUGA